AAGAACACAGCAUGACCAAUGAAAUCGUAUCUCGUGCUGUCAGGACGCCGGAAUAUUAGCUGAUCUUGAAGCGGAGUUCCACACUAGAAAAUACAGACCACAGAAAGUCUGCUGAGUGAACGCUGUGGACAAACUGAAGAGAUGCAGACGGAGCGUGCAAAGAGGAUGGACUCUGCAGGAGAAGAAGCGUCCCUGAAUUCACCUGAGCUGCCCUGGAACCAGCUCUAUUUGAAGAGAAGGACCAAGUCCAGGAUCCAGUUAAGGAGGAGAGUGUGCUUCACUGGCCCUGCUGCUGCUGCUGUUACCGGGGUAUUGGCAAUCCUCAUACUGGCUGCUGGCAGUGUGAGCAGCGACAGUGAGUUUGUGAAUGUCCCGAGCUCAGUGAACUGUACUGAGGGGCAGGACUGUAUCCUGAGCUGCUCUUUCGACUACACAGCUGGGGGCUGGGAUGAGAAGUCAGGUGUGAUCUGGAGAAGAGCAGAAUCGGACCACAUCGUUCACAGGAUCCGCAACAACACAGACCAGCUUGCCGAUCAGUCCCCUCACUAUGUGAACAGGACCAGCCUGUUUGAUUCUGAGCUGCAGCGCGGGAACGCUUCUCUACUGCUGAGGAGAGUCAGGGAGGAAGAUGCUGGAGAAUACAGGUGCUCUGUUUCCACUCCCAGACUGUCCAGGUCGGGCCUGACUGAGGUAGUCGUGGUUCCGGCUCCACCCACAACAGCACCAGCUCAUGUGACAGUCCUGAGCUCUGACCGACACGCCUGGUGGGGUUUAGGAGCAGUUCUUGCUCUUUGUGUGAUUGCAGGGCUCUGUGUCGGUCUGUGGCUCUAUAAAAAACGCACAGGUUACACGUGGAAGUCCAACAAGGCUUCUAGUCCAGCACAGGCAGUGCCAUUAUCAGACGUGAUCGUGACGCCCAGUGAAGCCAGACUGUUCCCCUGCACUGCUCAAUGUACCCAGUUUAAUACAAGCUCCCAAAACUAA